AGAAACGUGUCUCUCUCUCUCUCUCUCUCUCUGUUUUUAUCAACAUAAAUUAAAUGUACAUAUAAUGCGUCGUGCGAGAUCGGUUUCAGAUAUCCACAAUAAUACUACCUAAUCGCUAAUGACAUGUAUAAAAAAAAUUAAUGUUAAGCAGUACGAACUUGAAGAUAAAAUGAGAUUCGAAUGAGCCGUUAUUAAAAUAGAAUAUACUAUGAUAUGUGAUAUAAAUGUUUGUACUCCUACUCCGAAGUUAUUGCAGAUAAAGCUGUUUGCGAGAUCGUGCGCAUUUGUGAUAUCUAUAUCUUAUUGUCUCUCAUUUGGGUUCAUAAAACAUUAUCAGUCUAAAGUCGUGUCGUAAAAUUAAUAUAGAUCUCGAUAACGAAGUAAGUCCUAUACAAUUCGAUCAGUCAUGCACACACUGUAGGAGAAAAAAAUGAUGCCAGCUAUGCAUUUGUAAAACUAAUGAUUUUACAACAUUGUACAUGUAUAUGCGCGAAUAUGAUUAUACGAUUAUAUAUAAAAGACGUGUAUGUACAUACAUCUAAUUGUAUGUCUUUGUCGAAAACGGAACAAAGCGGCUGUGAUUAUAUAAUGUACGUAGAUGUAAUGACUAUGCAAAUGCGCACUACAAUGUGAUGCUACGACAGCAUCAUUUAUGCCUGUUAGAGAUUGUGUAAUUGAUUAAACACAUUCACGGAUAUAUUAAAUAAAAAAUGAGAUGAAAUCUCUUUGUCUUUUCCAUUUUUUUCAGCUUAUCCUAGAUCUAGGCUAUCUGCCCCACAAGAGACAGCAAGAAAGCGAACGUAGCUUAAACGUAUCUAUAUAUACGCAUACACUUUAAUAUCGCUUUAAUAUCAAUUUAAUAUAUACACACACACUCACACACAGUCGUUUUACAACUCGACAAAUUAUGAUUAAUUCAUAAUUCUCUUCACAGGAUUAUCGGACGGUACGUCUCAAGGUCGAUUCAAUUGAUACGCACUGCAGACACAUACCUAUAUUAUAACUAUAUAAUACGUUGGCUUUCGAUCUCACAGGCAAAUUAGAGGAGAAAUGAUCGAUACAUCAAACUCUCACAAACUCUCUCGAUAAAUUUAUAAUAACUUAACUUAUAUUAGAGCACACAGCAAUUAGAUAAAUUCGUCGUCGAUACUUAAAAUUUGUAAGUGGGAUAUUGGUAUUGGUACUAAGUAUACUUGCGUUGCAAUUAUAGAUUACAUUAAUUGUUGUUUAUUUCAACGAAGAAACAAGGUAUAUUAAAAAUGAAGCAACGAUGUACAUCGAGGCACAAGCUUACCUUAAAGAGAACAUGUAUGUACAUAUAUCUAUAUGUAAGUGAACGGAUACUAAUUACAAUUAGUAUCAACGCAUGGUAAAAUGUGGGGUAAGAGACCGUGGCACGCGAGAUUAAAGGCUAAAAUGCAAAACUGUAAUAACGAUCGUUUCCGUUUAUAUGUAUGUAAGUACCAGGAUUAGUCUCGCGAUCCCACAUAUAUUAUUUGUUAUUUUCAUUUCCUUUUUUUCGCAACAUCUUUUUUUGUAAUAUUAUACAUAUAUCAACGUCAAAAUUUCGGACGUUCAACGAGACUUACUAACUUCGAUUAUAGCUAGCGGAUUAGAAAGACUAAUUAUUGAUUCUUUCCACAAACAUAUACGGGCCCCUUAUAAGUAUGUGGCGUAAAACGUAUCAACUAAAAUUAUGUUUGCCUAAUGGUGAGUUAGUUUCUUAACUUAAUAAUUGAUCAAUCGCAUUAUGGGCAAAUGAAGCCUUUACGGGGAGCAAAGCUGUUGCAAUUGAUCAAUCGAUGAAUAAAUUUAAAAAACGCGUAUUUUUACGAUUGAUCGCGGUCAAGUGUGGGCACUCGCGUGUGACGUGCACCGUCUAUACAAUACAUGUAUAUGUAUGUAUGUAUGUGUGUGUAUAUGUGUGUGUGUGUGUGUGUGUGUGUGUGUGUGUGUAUAUGCCGCGUGUAAGUCUUAAUAUGAAAAAAAAUAAAAAAAGAAACCAACGACUCGUCCAUCAAUUACAUAUUGUUAUGUCUAUUUACGUAAGAAAAUUGUUAUUUCAUUAUAAGUGGCAUUGGUUUACGUACGUAUAGUUACAUCAAUGUGAACUACAACAUACAAUUAUUUAUAUAUAUAUAUAUAAUCUCGGUUUUUCAUUCGCAAAAAUUAAGGCAAUUGGUGCUCAGCUCUCUUUUUUUAUUUUUAUUUGUGGGUUCUUUUUCGAAGAUAUUUUCAGAUUGUCUUCAAAGUAAGAAUUAUCACGACUACGCGCGAAUAUAUGAGCACUUGUAUAAACAUAAAAACUUGUAUUAACAUAAAUUCUUUCGUUGCUUAUCACGCUCGAUGACUCGUUUGCUAUAUUAUAGGUAUGCAUACCGUUAUCUUUUAAUCAAUUUUUUUGGUCGAGUACAAAUCCUAUAUUGUACAAAACUGUUCUCGGUAGUGUAAGAAAAACAAUAUUAUUCUAAUUGUUGUAAAACAUGUUGCUAUUGCGAAAGUUUGUUGAAAUCGCGGUGAGGAAAUUUAGAAUUGGUAUAUAAUAUAUAAUUCACACACUUUUUCUUUCUCUUACCGCAAGACCUGCAACAGGGCGAAGCAGUGUAGUGUGGAGCAGUGCAGUGCGGAGACCGGUCGAAGUGUCGAACCGCAAGCGCGUGGGGAUCGAUUCGACGAAGGUAACCGCGAAUAACGCGCGCGAUAUACGAAAGAGCUGCGUCGCGUCGCGCCGCGCACCGCUCCGCUCCGUUCUGUUUCGUUCUUUUCCGGCCUGCAUGCCAUGGCCAGCGAUAGACGUAAAAUACGACCGUUUAGUUCAGUACGCUAAUGCACUCCGUUGCAUGUAUGUAUAGUGUAAUGAGACGCAAGUCAGUGAGAAAAAACAACACGUCAAGAAAUAUUAAUCAUUGACUUUAUACAUAUACGUCGUUUAUGUAGGAAAAUCGCUUCAGUUGCCAUAAUUACUACCUAGAUAUAUACUACUACGUACGCGUAUUAUACAUAUAAUUUUAGUUGCAUUCUACACACAUUCAAAGUUCAUUCAUUAACCUUGUGUGCUGCCAACGAUAAUUAAGUUCAUAGCUUCCGCUUUCUGACACUUCAUCGUUGAUUGCCGUCGUAUAUUUCAAGCAAUUUCGACGAUAAAAAAACUCGUUCCCUCUCACGCGCGCGAUAAUGAGUGUUUCGUGCGUGCGCUCCAUUAUUUGCAUUCUUAAUAUGAGUGUAUAAUAUAUUAUACUAAUAUACUAUACUCGGGCAGCAAUUGCCUAAUUGUCAGCAUUCCCCAUUUAACGAAAAUUCGGCGGGUCGAUUAAUUCAAAUUGACGCGAAUGGGUGCGCAUAGUAUAGUGUGACCGCGCCUGCGUAUCUCAACGAAAUCGUCCACCGUUAUCUUGCCGCCAUUGAAGAAGCGAAAGAAAAGUUGAAGAAAUUUCACAAAUACUCGAAAAGCAUCGCAUUCGUGACAUUACGACAAACAAAGAGAGAGAGAGAGAGAGAGAGAGGGGGGGGGAGAGAGAGUUACAUUUAAUGACAGACCACUGGGUCGUAACGAAAGGAGCUGUUGAAAUUACGCAACAAUUUCAAAUCAAACAAGAUCGAAAUAAUGACCGAUGCCAAUGGAAUAAACAACAAAAGUGUUUUCUGGCAAAAAAUUCAUACUGAUCAAAAUGAACUACGUAUUUAUGGAUUCGAGAAGAGUUCACUGACGACUAUUCUGACAUAUGUAUCAUAUAUAUUGUCCGUUGGAUUGGUUCGGUUAUUGUUCCAUUGGUAUCCUCGGCUGUAUCUGUAUGCAACUCAUCGAAAAUGUGCUUUAAGUUGCGCCACGAAAAUACUCGCGAUUGAUGAUUAUCAAGGAUAUAAAUCAUACUUUGUACGGGAUGUCCGGAAAAUUUCUACUAAAGAUAUAAGUGCGAAAAGUUUGUCGGCUACUUUGGGUACUGUUGAUCGAGAGCUCUUAGAGAAAAUAAAAGACAAAAAAUUAAAAAUUAAUUUAGAAAACGGUACACGUUGCGAGGUUCAGGAAUAUAAGGCUUUUUGGUAUAAAAAGAGAUGUUACAUCUGGGACACUACGAAAAAUAUAUUCACGAGGCUCGUUGGACUUGACCAUGGUAUAAUAUGUUCCGAUCUUCACGUCUCGCGCGAUAACGGCUUAUCCAAGGAAGAACAAUUACUUAGGCGCAUUGUCUAUGGAAAUAAUGACAUUGUUGUUCCACUUCAAAGUAUCGGUAUGUUACUACUUCUAGAAGUUUUAAAUCCAUUUUAUAUUUUUCAAAUAUUUACCUUGUCUGUAUGGUUCGCGGAAGGCUAUCUGUAUUAUACUAUUGCUAUAGUGUUAAUGUCUUUGUUUGGCAUAACGAGUUCUAUAAUGCAGACACGUAAGAACCAAAUAAAUUUACGCGGUACCGUUGCAUCGUCAGAAAGUGUACGUGUACUUCGUGACACUGGUAUCUUCGAGAAUAUCUCUAGUAAGCAAUUGGUACCCGGUGAUAUUAUAAAAUUACCGAAACAUCGAGCGACUCUCGUAUGCGACGCGGUUCUAUUAACUGGACAAUGUAUAUUGAACGAAUCCAUGUUAACGGGCGAAUCUGUACCAGUAACAAAAACAUUCUUACCAUUACGCCAUACACUGUACGACGCUAAAGAGUAUACGUAUCACACGUUAUAUAAUGGUACCACUAUAAUACAAACUAAAUCUCACGGCGAACAACCAGUUCUUGCGAGAGUAAUCAGAACUGGUUUUCUAACUACCAGAGGUACUCUAAUUGCCACUAUACUAUAUCCACCUCCAGUGGAUUUCAAAUUUGAUAAAGAUUCAUACAAAUUUAUGGGCAUUUUGGCAAUUAUCGCAAUUUGCGGUUUUGUAUAUACCGUAAUAACAAAGGUCUCGAGAGGAAUUACAGCUGGCGAUAUAGCGAUAAAAGCAUUAGACAUUAUUACGAUAGUCAUACCACCGGCAUUACCAGCCGCGAUGACUGUAGGAAAACUGUACGCUCAAAUGAGAUUGAAAUAUGCGCAAAUCUACUGUAUAAAUAACAGAGUCAUAAAUGUUUCUGGCAGUAUUAAUUGCGUAUGUUUUGAUAAGACAGGGACAUUGACCGAGGAUGAAUUGGACAUGUGGGGUGCUGUAGCAUGUACAAAUGGCGUACUUGCAGAGGUUCAGACAGAUAUAUCCAAACUCAAAGAUCAUCCUCUUUUCGAAGGAAUGCUAGUUUGUCACAGUUUAACACUUAUCGAUGGAAAAAUUUGCGGAGAUCCAUUGGACGCAAAGAUGUUCGAAAGUACUAAAUGGAUGUUGAAAGAUUCGGAUUGCAUACACAUAGAUAAAUUAUAUAACAACUCAAUAAUGCCGAUUGUCGUGAGGCCAGAGAAUGUAAGCUUGACGAAAAAUAUGAUGAACGAAAUUACGGAGAUUGGUAUAAUACAGCGAUAUCAGUUCUCGAAUUCUUUACAACGAAUGUCUGUGAUCGUAUGUGCAUCAGGAUCAGAUAAUUUCAGAGCUUACACGAAAGGUUCUCCCGAAACGAUAAUCAAUCUGAGUAAAGUGGAAACUGUACCGAAGGACAUUUCGCUCACUUUAGAGCAAUUUACGAAACGGGGGUUUCGCGUGAUAGCUAUAGGCCGCAGAGAGACAAUAUCCAAAAGUAUAAGCCAAGAGAUAUCGAAAUUGUCUCGAGAAACAAUUGAACAAGACUUGGAUUUCUUAGGACUAGUCAUUCUGGAAAAUCGACUGAAGCAACCGACGGCAUCAGUGAUUACGGAAUUAAGGGAAGCCAACAUACGCGUGAUGAUGAUUACAGGAGAUAAUAUUCAGACCGCGAUAAGUGUCGCGAGAGAAUGCGGAAUAAUUUCGAUCAAAGAACACAUCGUGGAUGUGACCGUAGUCUCGAAUGAGGAAAAGGAUUGUCCAGAUAUAAUUUUCAAUAUUCAAUCUCAAUCUCCAAGAUUGCAGAGCACACAAAAUCAUUUAGUAUCACUGCCGACGUUUAAGGAUAUAGAAUGCGGUAUAGCCAAUUGCAAUUAUAGAUUUGCCUUAACGGGACAAACGUGGCAAGUGAUGCGAGAAUAUUAUCCCGAUAUCGUGGAUCGCGUUUGCAUACGUAGUGCAAUAUUCGCCAGAAUGAACAGCGAUCAGAAGCAACAGUUGGUCGUGGAACUAAUGCGACUCGGUUAUUACGUAGCCAUGUGUGGAGACGGUGCCAAUGAUUGCGGAGCGUUAAAGGCCGCGCACGUCGGUAUAUCCCUUUCCAAAGCAGAAUCUAGCGUGGCCAGUUCCUUUAUCUCAAGAAUAUCCGAUAUAAGCUGCGUUUCACAAAUAAUACGGGAAGGUCGUGCUGCUUUGGUUACAUCAUUUGGAAUAUUUAAAUUUAUGAUUGCGUAUUCUCUUACGGAAUUUUUGUCUGUUAUAAUAUUGUAUUCCAUAGAUUCGAACUUGACGGAUCUACAAUUUCUAUUUAUCGAUAUUUUCUUAAUAAUCAACUUUGCUUUUUUUUUCGGCAAGACUCACGCGUGUAAGAACAAAUUAUCCAAAACAACACCGAUGACAAGUCUGUUAAGCUUCACUGCACUGUUAUCUCUAACAAUGCACAUGUUUGUAAUGAUCGUUUUUCAAGCGACAGUGUAUCAUGCAGUUCGACAAUUUUCAUGGUUCAUCCCGUUCGUUUCUACUAGCAACACCGGAUACACAUGCUACGAAAACUAUUCGGUAUUUUGUGUCUCCAUGUUUCAAUAUAUCACGAUGGCGAUUGUGUUCUCACGCGGGAAACCUUACAGACGUGCAAUCUAUACAAAUGGCGCAUUUAUGUUCUCUAUACUUUUAUUAACGGCCAUAUGUAUAUACAUUACAGUUUACCCCGCGGAUUGGAUAGUGAGCACGCUGCAGUUGAUUUUGCCACCCGUUUACGACUGGAGGCUUAUUAUCCUAAUGCUCGCUCUAGCCAACUUUCUUAUUUGUUUAUUUCUCGAGAGCUUCGUAAUAGAACGCGUCAUAGAAAAUACCUUGAAGAGAAAAUUACAUAAACCGGAAAAAUCAAAAAAACAAUAUCUAAAGAUGGAAUAUGAAUUAAAGAAUUGUGAAAGCUGGCCGAAAUUUAAGAGCACUGACCAAACGCCAGAAUUAUCUAUGCGAAAAGAAGGCAACUUACGAAAUAUUGCGAAUAUUACACGUAAUAGUCACUGUCAAAGUGGUCAAAUUUCGAAUGAUCAAACGGUGAAUGAUUUUAACAACUCGAUCAAGCUAGCGAAUGGAUGGACCGGCAAGAAAAAUGGAUUCGAAAAUUUUGGUUUUGCAAAUGACUGAGUAUAGUGACGAAACCUAUACAGAAUAAUCGAGCCAUUUUUAUAUUCUAUCCUAAAUAUCUUUUUUUUUUACAAUAAAAUAUUUUAGAUUAGGUUUUUUCAGAUUUUAGGUUUCAAGAACAUGUACUUUGAUCACGUUCUUUUUUUUGUAGGUUGAGGCGUCAAAACGAUAUGAAGGUCUGCACUUUUUAAAUGAAAUUGUAUGAUUUUUUUACAUCUACAUAAUGUGAUUCCUUCAAUUAUUCUGUGUAUAAAAAUAUUGAGAGGUAGAGAUAUCAAAAAGUCAACAGUAUAUGAAAUAUUUUAGAUUUUAUUCUAGCAAAUAUAUUGACACGAAAUAUUAA